AGGCGUCAGGGGGCGAGGCCGGAGAAAAGGGGUGGAGGAUGGAGCUAGAGAGAAGGCAGGAGGGAGGAAGGCAGCCAGGGAGGGAGGAGGUUGGGAGAACGCGCGCUGACGAAACCAGGAGUGCGGGACUCCCAGCUAUAUCUGCGCCUGCGCACCUCCCGGCUAUAUCUGCGCCUGCGCAUUGCAACUUCUGGGGACCGUCGGGACGGAGGAGACAAGAUGGCGUUGAAGGGGAUGUUGAACGGGUCCGCAGGCAAGAAGUCCACGGCCAGCAUGAUGCCUUUGGCAGGGUCUCGAGAGCAGGCACUGGCCGUCAGCCGUAACUUCCUCUCUCAACCCCGCCUCACAUACAAAACAGUGUCAGGAGUCAAUGGUCCUUUGGUCAUCUUAGAUCAAGUAAAGUUCCCCAAAUAUGCUGAGAUUGUCCACUUGACAUUACCUGAUGGUACAAAUAGAAGUGGCCAGGUCUUAGAAGUUAGUGGUAACAAAGCAGUAGUUCAGGUUUUUGAAGGAACUUCAGGUAUCGAUGCCAAGAAGACAGCCUGUGAGUUUACAGGUGAUAUUCUUCGAACACCAGUGUCUGAGGAUAUGCUUGGUCGAGUUUUCAAUGGUUCUGGGAAACCUAUUGACAGAGGCCCUCCUGUCCUAGCUGAAGACUUUCUUGACAUUAUGGGACAACCAAUCAACCCUGAGUGUCGAAUCUACCCUGAGGAAAUGAUUCAAACUGGCAUUUCAGCAAUAGAUGGCAUGAACAGUAUUGCUAGAGGCCAGAAAAUUCCCAUCUUCUCUGCUGCUGGCUUACCCCAUAAUGAGAUUGCAGCUCAGAUCUGCCGUCAGGCUGGUUUGGUGAAGAAAUCCAAAGAUGUUAUGGACUAUUCUGAGGAAAAUUUUGCGAUUGUAUUUGCUGCUAUGGGUGUAAACAUGGAAACUGCUCGAUUCUUCAAAUCAGACUUUGAAGAAAAUGGCUCAAUGGAUAACGUCUGUCUCUUUUUGAACUUGGCCAAUGACCCAACCAUUGAGCGAAUUAUCACUCCUCGUCUGGCUCUAACAACAGCAGAAUUCUUGGCCUAUCAGUGUGAAAAGCAUAUAUUGGUCAUUCUAACAGAUAUGAGUUCUUAUGCAGAAGCUCUUCGAGAGGUUUCAGCAGCCCGAGAAGAAGUCCCUGGUCGUCGUGGUUUCCCAGGCUACAUGUAUACAGAUUUAGCCACAAUAUAUGAGAGAGCUGGUCGUGUGGAAGGCAGGAAUGGGUCAAUUACUCAGAUCCCUAUCCUUACUAUGCCCAAUGAUGAUAUCACUCAUCCCAUCCCUGACUUGACUGGAUAUAUUACUGAAGGACAAAUCUAUGUGGACAGGCAGCUGCAUAAUAGACAGAUUUACCCACCUAUUAAUGUAUUGCCCUCCUUGUCCCGGUUGAUGAAGUCUGCUAUUGGGGAAGGCAUGACUAGAAGAGAUCAUGGAGAUGUAUCUAACCAGCUGUAUGCAUGUUAUGCUAUUGGUAAGGAUGUUCAAGCCAUGAAAGCAGUUGUUGGAGAAGAAGCCCUCACCUCAGAUGAUCUCCUUUAUCUGGAAUUUUUGCAGAAGUUUGAAAAGAACUUUAUUUCUCAGGGUGCUUAUGAAAACCGCACUAUCUUUGAAACUUUGGACAUUGGUUGGCAGCUCCUUCGAAUCUUCCCCAAAGAAAUGUUGAAGAGAAUUCCUCAAAGCACCCUAAAAGAAUUUUACCCUCGAGAUCCGUUAAAGCACUAACUUCAUCUUCAUCUCUGUGAAAUACUGGUUUUAUUCUUCCCCUUCUCUCCCUCCCUCUUUGUGUUGGAGUUUAUGUGUUACCCUAUAAUUAAAAUAAAGAAUAGGUGACAUUGUGUCAGUGUUACUGAUGUUUUAAACUGAUAAUAGACUUUAAAAUAUGCCCUAUUCAAAAAGCCUGGAUCUUCAAUGCUUUGUUUAAGUGGCUGCAGGGCCUGAAUUAAAGCUUUUAUUGAUGUGUGUGUUUGUACAUAGUGGUGUAGAUAAUGGCCUAAUUACACCCUAAUUAUUUUGGUCUCCUGGACUUUACUUCUUUAAACCUCUUCAGGAGUGUGGCUAGGUAAAGCUGUAAUGUCUUGGCCUCCAAAUAUGGGACAAACCUAAGUCUGUGUAAGUCCUUUAGGAAGAGCCAAGAGUCAUGUAUUGAUGCCCUUACUUAAGAGCAUCAUCUUUGGUCCUCCUGCAUGCCACUGUUCCUAUGCUGCUGACCAGAACAGAUGGUACUUGCUCUUUCCUGUUCAAUGGAUAGACUAGCAAGAGAAGCCUUUUCUUUCUAACUUUUACUAUGUCUGAUGAUAAGGAUGACAUCAACAUUUGAUCCCAGAGCAUAGCCAGCUAUUGACCUUGAUUCUGACUGGAGGGAGGAGGAACUCUUGGGUUUUUGCUGCUACUUCUAAGUUAGGCAUAAAAACUUGCAACUUUUGCACAACGGGUAUUUAUUUGGUAGCACAGUGAGUUUCCUACUUUAUCAUGGUAAUCCUUAUUGAACUUUUAAGGCAGAGGACAUGUGAGGUCCAAGUUAUUCUUGUCCGUGUUGCAAAAAUGAAUUAGCUCAUUGGAAAAAGCAUAGGAGCAUACUUCCCCCUUGAUAAAUCAAGAAAUGUUCAUAUUCUGACAUGCUAUCAGUGUUUAAAUCUUUAAAAUGUUUACCCAAAACUAAAAGAAUUCAAGAGGGGAAAGAGAGCAUGCUAGCAUAUGUAAAUGGAUGUUUUGAAUAAUGUAGAGCAUUCUAUUGAAAUUCUCCAUUUGGUUCUGCUUUCUGACCACUUUGGCCUCUGAAGUUAAUGCCAUAACAUAAAUAUUAAUACAGAUUCUUCAGAAUUCUAAUUUGUUCCUGCCUGAUGUUAUCCCUGUAGCUGUCUUCUAUGCAGCCUUUCUGUUGUUUGACCUCUUUGUUCUUUGUAACUUGGGUGCAAUUGCAAUUUCUUUUUCUAGUGCAUUCCUUCCUAAAGUUGUGUAAAGUCCUUUAUUUUUCCCAAGAUGAGACGGGGUUGUUAGCAUGAAAAUGUCAAUUUAGAAAAUGUGACAUCUGAAUAUUACAACAUGAAAAAUAAAUGUUACAUAAAAUGGAA